GGGCUUAUAAAUAAGGAAGAGCGGCCUGGGAAGUCAUUGGCACCCGUGCCUUUGGCAGACAUCAAGAGGAGCUAAGGAUAUACUGACAGCUUGACAGGAGAUGUUAAGAAAGACGGUCACUGACAGCUUCGGCUUGGCCAUCUACGGCUUGAAGGAAGGACACCUGAGCGAUACUCUUCUUCACCGGAGCAAGCGGAUGAUACUGGACACGCUGGGUGUGGGGCUCCUGGGGACCACCAGCAGUGUCUUCAGUAAAGUUGUGCAAUACAGCAAACUGUACAACGCACACAAUACAAGCUCCGUCUGGGGAAAUACGGCGCACACUCUUUCUCCUCAGUAUGCUGCAUUCGCAAAUGGAGUCGCAAUCCAUUCCAUGGACUUUGAUGACACGUGGCACCCGGCAACUCACCCUUCUGGAGCUGUUCUACCUGCGCUGCUCGCUUUAGUGGAAACCUUCCCGAAGAAGAGCAGGCCUUCUGGGCUCGACCUCUUGCUAGCAUUUAAUGUAGGGAUUGAAGUUCAGGGUCGAUUGAUGAGGUUCUCCAAAGAAGCAAGCAACAUUCCAAAAAGAUUUCAUCCUCCUGCUGUUGUAGGUACCAUGGGAAGUGCAGCAGCUACUGCAAAACUCCUUGGUCUUGACUCAACGAGAUCCAGAGAAGCCCUGGCUAUUGCUGCAUCCUACGCAGGUGCUCCUAUGGCAAAUGCAGCCACUUCCACCAAACCACUUCACAUUGGCAAUGCAGCAAGACAAGGCAUGGAGGCCUCAUUUUUAGCCGUGUUAGGACUGGAAGGUAAUCAGCAGAUAUUAGACCUGGAUUACGGUUUUGGUGCUUACUACAGCGAUUAUUCUCCAAGUGUCCUACCACACCUUAGUAACUAUAAGUGGGUCCUGGAGGACCAGAAUGUGGCGGUCAAACGUUUUCCAGCUCACCUAGGGAUGCACUUUAUGGCAGAUGCCGCUGCAGGCGUGAGGGCAAAAGUGUUGGCCAAAUAUGACUACUUGCCAAUAGACAAAAUUAACAAAGUAACUCUUAGAGUCCCAAACUCAAGAUACAUCAACCGACAAUUUCCGGCUUCAGAACACGAAGCUCGGCACUCAUUUCAGUUCAAUGCCUGCACGGCCUUCUUAGAUGGCAGCGUUUCUGUUUCCUCUUUCAGUCAAAGUAAAAUUCAUCGGACUGAUCUCCUAGAUCUGCUGCAGAAAACCCAUAUAGAAAACCCACCUGAAAACCAGGCAAACUUUGACACAAUGUACUGUGAAAUAGAGUUGGAGAUGCUCGACAAGGAAACUUUUAUUGAACGCUGCAACACAUUUUACGGACACUGGAGAAGACCCCUGAGCCGGGAGGACCUGCUGAAAAAGUUCAAGUCUAAUGCAUCUGCCAUUUUGCCAAUGGAAGCCGUUGAGGCCAUUAUAGAAACGGUGGAUAACCUGGAGAAGGUGAACGACUGCUCGGAACUGAUUUCUCUGCUUCAAGUGAAAGAGUCCCAAAAGCAAUCAAUGAAUAUGACUUCCUGGUAAAUUUUACCAGCAGAACUCCUCAGUAGAUGUCAGAGUUGCUCCGUCUGUAUAUUUAUUCUUCUAAUAGUGCUUCAUUUUCAUAAAAUGAUAUCUGCCGACUCCAAAGAGGUUUGUGUCAGACCUUAAAACCUUAGCAUCAUAAACUCUGAUUUGCACAACAUAAACUGGUAGAAAGGAUUAGACACAACUGCUUACUCUAUGUACAUGCCAGAAACAUCCAGCCUCAGUUGCAAAAUCAAUAAGAUGCAACUACGUCUAAGACCACUGACGUCUCCUCAUUAAUGCUGGUAUGUUCUAAACUUCAAAGGAUCCACAUGGGAGGUGAUGUGGCCCCCCUGGUUUAGCUAUUAAAAUGUAAAUUACAAAGCUGCUGGUUCCAUCCUUGCCACAAACUCACAAUGAGAUUCUGCACAAGUCACUUUACCUGCUAGUGCUUGAACUGGAAUAGUAUGGGCUUAUCGCAUCAUCUUAAAUCCGGGGGUUAGCUAAAUUAGAGAACUGUAAAGAUUCUGGGCUUAAUGGAUCAUACGUUGUGUGUAAAGGUUUUACAUUUUUGUAUAGAUUUUGUUCAAAUGUACUUUUAAAUGGAUUUCUUCUCAACUAAAUAAAGAUUAACUACUGUAAUAAUGUCUGUGCACAGUAUUAAAUG